UCUCACGCCCUCGAAAGCACUCUCUUCCACAGGAUGUUUGUUUUGGUUACUUUCUUGCCGCGAAACGGUAGGCAAAAAUCGCUAUGGAAACUGUAAUAUUUUGUUAAGAACCUUGUAGAAUAUUAUUCAAACAAUUAAACAUGUCGUACGUUGCGUGGCUAGCUAAAAUCCGCAGUGCGGACAAAUCGUCCGCCAUCCAGGGCACGGUCCGGAAGGUGCAUUACAGUUUCGCCGAUGGAACGGAAAUGGUUGAGGAAUACAGCACAGAAACGGGAGUGAUUCUUCGCCGAGCAUGGAAGCUACGCAGUGAUUUGCUCCAGAAGGACGACUGGGAAAUUGAGCUGGGCGAGCCGAUGCCAAAGACACUCCAGAAAAACGCUAUGCUGCUAUCGGAAGCGUCAACGGAGCCAUUCCUCUCGAAAAGGAUCACCCGGAAUGCUAUCGAGUGGCGGAUCAGAAACCUGCCAUAUCCAUUGUGCACCUACACAAUAACCUGCGACGGGGAAACCCGGACAAUUACCGUGCGGACAUCCAAUAAAAAAUACUUCAAGAAAAUUGUGAUACCAGAGUUCCAGAGAUGCAACUUCCCACCAACGCAGGAAGACUUGACGGUUCGGCAUCAGAACCAAACGUUAAUUAUAUCCUAUAAAAAACCACCCAUUCUAAUAGAAAUGGAGAAAGCUGUUCUAGUUGAACUGCAAAACGUGGAGACCAUUGAAUAUGACAACAUCAAAUGUGAAGAUUUGCUCAAAGGGCUGAUUGGUCAGUAAAUUUACAUUAAGUAAAACGUA